AUGCGUCAUGGUCGUAGUUUGCCAUGCGAAGUGAUCCAGAAAGGUAACUCUGGUGUAUAUUGUGUUAGUUUCACUCCAGAUGGCGCAGGCCAAUACAAAGUGAUGGUGUUCUUCAAUAAUUCAGAAGUUAAAGGUUCUCCCUUCAUUCUGGAUAUAGCAAAUGCGAACUCUGUGUCUGUUUAUGGUGAAAAUCUCCGAACAGCGUCGGUUGAUCGACUCAGUACAUUUCUCAUUCAUGCUGUUGGAGCUGAUUGCAAAGAUUUCACUGUCACUAUUACAGCGUCGCGUCACUGUUCGCAACCAGAGAAUGUUUAUGGUAUUUUAGCUCCUUCUGGAAAAACGAAACGAGCACGAGUAUACCAGAUUGACGACACGACUCACAAAGUGGAAUGGAAAGCUGUUGAGUCUGUGGAUACGAUGCGUGUGAAGUGGGGGUGA